AUGUUCUAUAUAUUAUGUAUAGCUCAUGGUCAAAAAAACAAAUUUGCUAAAGUAACUAAAGGACCAAAAAAUUUUAAAAUUAGUGCACUAUCCAAACAUACUGGUACUAAGCAACAUGAAAAAGCUUUUCGAUUAGAAAAUCAAAAAAGGGCAAUAAAAACUGUUACAAAUAAUGCUAUUAAUAAAGCUCAUCAACAUAUCAUUCAA